GCGCGUUGCACACAGACAUUUCAUGCACUACCAACUGUUGGGUUGAAGCACCGGUCGAGCGAGCGCAGUCCUGCAUAUGGUCGCUUUCAGCACCAGGUGGCUUUUGGAUGCAUGAAACACGGAUGGCAUUUCCCCGUUCAUUAAAAAGGUGCCUACAGACAUGGAAACAUUUAUAAGCCGCAAUGAUAGAAACGCUGCGUAAGUGACAGCACGUCUACAACGACAAGGGACUGGUGCGCUCUGGCACCGCAGACAAGCAGUCACCAAACUUCACACGAACAAAGCACCAAUUUAGGACAAAAGAUCGGGACACUGUAAGACUGAACAUGUUUCCGUGGACUAUUUCUAAUCUGCAUUUGUAGCCUUAUUAUCAACUUCAGCACCAGAAUAAGGUGUGGAAAGCGUCCGUGCUGUGCUCAUUUUGCCUUCCCUCUCCCCCCCGACCGUGCCAAUGCUAGAAUGGCUUGUGGCUUUGUGCAUUGUGAUCCUGGUGGUCUUUAUCUGGCCAGGCUCUGCUAUGCUCCAAGAAUUGGGGAUUUCACGGCAGGCAGCGAAGGACAAAACCGUGAGAUGCAUCUCAGACAGAGUGGGGAGUGACAGUGCUCAGAUGGCCUGUGCGGGAGCCGAAACCGAUGAGAAAGCACGCACCGUGGCACUCAUCUGCAAACCGUCCGCGCUGGCCAACUAUCUCCUGAAACACUGCAGGACUUUCAGCAAUUACUCGCCGUGUGUCGGGUGGACGUGGCGGGCCAGUGCCUUCCUCCUGAGUGUGUAUGAAGCGUGCUGGCCGUACGACAGUCCGGUCCAGUUUGUGCGGGACAACCUGCAGCUGAGCGACGAUGGGCUGCUGGCCUUGGACUGGGCAGUUCCGUCUUACCAAAAACGACGCAGGACUUCUAGUCACUCCACCAGCCCGGUUCUUCUCAUCAUCCCAAACUCUUUUGGGAGGAUUACAAGAAAUGUGUUGAAGUUGUGUGAAACAGCAUUAUCCCACGGCUACCUCCCAGUGGUCUUCAACCGUCGCAGCCAUAACGGCACACCGCUCACCACCGUGAAACUGCAGCAGUUCGGUGACCCCGCGGAUCUUCGAGAGGCCGUGCGCUACAUUCGUUAUCGGCAGCCUGCAGGAAGACUGUACGCCGUGAGCGAGAGCACGGGGUCAGGCCUUCUCCUGUCUUACCUGGGGGAGUGCGGAUCAUCGAGCUACGUGACAGCAGCCGUCUGCCUGUCACCCGUGUUCCGCUGCCAGAGCUGGUUCGAGAAUGGACUCGGCUGGCCCUUGCAGUGGGCUUUGGUGCUCUACCAGAAGUUCUGCCUCAGCAGAUACAGGACAGCGCUGGGUGAGACCAUACAGACAGACACCUUGUUUUCUAGCUGUUCUUUGCGUGGUCUGGAGGAAACGUUAUUCUGUCAGGCUGGCAGCAGCAGCAGCAGCAGCAACACUUCAGGUGCCUGGGAUGCUUACUGGGAGCGCAAUGAACCCUUAAGAGAUGUGGAUGAAGUGGCUAUUCCUGUUCUGAGCGUCUGUGCUCAAGAUGACCCUGUCCGUGGCGACACCCAAUCCACGGUGCCCCUCGAACUCUUUGAGACCAACCCACAUUUUUUUCUCCUCCUAACAGGCCGUGGCGGUCACUGCGGUUUCCCCACCCAAUCCAAGGGGAGUGCCACUGGUGGCUCCGCGGUUGUACCGAACAGUGGGAUGGAAAGCUGUGGGACCUAUUGGAGCCACAAAGCUCUGUUGGAAUUCUUUCGGGCGACCACAGACUUCUUCGCUGCAGAGGAAAGAGCAAAGCAACUCGCUGCUAGGAGGAGGGGGCUCGGGGGAGGCUCAGGGGGGAGGGUUUUCCGUCACCGCAGUGUCAGUACAUGUAAACGAGUGCCAGCGUGUUCCCAUAACAUCCACGCCAUUUACAAUUGGCAGAGGUCCUAUACACGAUGAGGGAGCUUGAUGGAAGUAGAUGGACUACAGUACACUGAUGCUGUUUGAAUUUGGGAUAUGAAGGACUGUGUUUGUCAUGACCAAAAGUAGAAAAGUGCUUGGGGUUUGUGACGCAGGACGAGGUCGCGGAGAACUUCUGAGCAAGAGAGAGCAAGUGUUGUUAUCACAUUCUUGAUGUGAGCCAUAAAACACUAAGACACAAAAUAAAAAGUUCAUAAAAGGCCACAAGCUUGCGUGCAGUUGUUAUAUUCAAACUUUUGACACUAAACUCUCAAGAUGGGUGGGAAAUCUAUUUUUCUACAGACUGAUACAAGUCUAUUCACUGCCAGCUGUUGAAACUGAAGGAUUCUGCCACAGAUGUAUUAACAGACACAUAGACAUUUAUUAAUCCAUAAAUUAAUCUGUCUCACAUCAGCAUUUGGGAUAUUUGAAACAUUGACACUUACUGUAGUAUUUUAUUAAAGUUUGGUAUAACUUAAAAGUGUUGAAAUGAUGUAUGAAGGAGAGUUUACUGUGUAUAUUAUUGGAUGUUCUCCUUUUUUUCUUUUUUUGGGGAAAUGUCCUGUGAUGUCCAGAGUGGAAGAACUGGCAUGUGGCUGCCACCCAGUCAGCUUCCACAGGAAAGUCUGUGUCAUGAGGUUAUGAUAUUUUAAUGAGCUGGGUGGGUGGAAGCAUUUUAUGAGUUUUCCUGUCUCAUCAUUCAAACUCUAUAAUAAGAGGUUUCCCCCGGCAGGUGGUGAAGCAGUUAGGUUGCUGGUUUACUGAGAUGGAGCAUUGAAGACUUGGUAGUAUAAUGUUUAAAACAUUUCUUGAAUUUCUGGUAAUUUUGCUUUAUGGGUUGAUUCUUGUGCAUAAGACUAAUAAAGUACAGAAAUCAAAAUAAAGAAAUAUUUGAUGUUCAAAGGGCAGCUCUGCAGUUUAAUAAGCAGGAACAAAGCCAAGGUUCAGAAAAGUAUAAAGCUAAAGUUAGGAUGCAAACCUACCAAGCACUAUUCAUGAACUUAAUGUUGUGUUUUGUUUCAUAAUUGUGCCAUACAGUUGAUAUUUGUAUAAUAUUAUGUGAUGGAUUUAUGGGAAAUAAAUGUAUAAUAAAGAAAAGAUUAUGAUAAA